UUUCACGCAAAACCAUUCAGGGGGAGCGUCCAGCCCUGACGAGACUGGCCAGCAGGGCGCGAAUGAUCACGACCGGCGUCUUCGGUGUUGUCAUGGUACUGGUGCUGGUGAUUUUAAUACCCUUCCUGGUGAACUCAGCUGGGACCUCCGCGAGUUAUGAAAUGCUCGGCGCCUGUAGGAUGGUGUGUGAUCCGUAUGGAACAAAGUCUCCAGCAUCUGCCUCAGCCAACACCGCUCGUGAUAACCACUUGAUCCAGUCUCCACCGCCGUAUGCUCGUGGCCCUAAGGGCGACGGAGGGCGCAUAGGCAGGAUCGGCCCCAGAGGCCAACCGGGACCACCGGGUCCACCUGGGCCACCGGGAGAACCAGGACCCCCUGGAUUACCUGGACCAUCGGGAGACAGCGCAGCAACCAAUGGCAUUAGCGCAGCGACAUACAACACCGUGCCCAAAAUCGCCUUUUACGCAGGGCUUAAAAAACAACACGAGGGGUACGAAGUGUUAAAAUUCGACGAUGUGGUCACUAAUCUUGGCAAUCACUAUGACCCCACCACGGGCAAAUUCACCUGUUCAAUUCCAGGAAUCUAUUUCUUCGUGUACCACGUACUGAUGCGCGGGGGUGAUGGAACCAGCAUGUGGGCUGAUCUUUGCAAAAACAAUCAGGUUCGGGCGAGCGCAAUUGCACAAGACGCUGACCAGAAUUACGACUAUGCCAGCAAUAGUGUAAUUCUGCAUCUCGAACCCGGGGACGAGAUUUACAUCAAACUGGACGGUGGAAAGGCUCACGGUGGGAAUAACAACAAGUACAGCACCUUCUCCGGCUUCAUGAUUUAUGCCGAUUAAAACGCAUUCUUUCACAUGUUCUCGAACACAAGGCAACAACUGGAAACAAAUACUGUUUGACCAACAGCUGUAUCGACACCCUGCCCUACCCAAAUGUAAACAUUCUUGGUCGAAACUCAGAAAGGUUUGGUAUAUCAGACGCACGCAUGAAUUACAAACGUGUGCCCAUUGUUACGCUGAGAUAGGCUACUUGAAACAGGUGCAUCAAAUAGCGUAAGACAUAUACCAAAAGUUUUUAAUUAGUGCAGUCUGUAUAGAGAAUGACUCCUGUGGUACA